AUGAAGAAAAGAAAGACAACAUUGCUUUCAUGGUAUGAUAUCGUGAAUAAUUAUACUACUCGUCAUAUUUCCAUUCGAAAAGAUACACUAAUUGGUAUCUCGGCUAUCGCAAAGGUGAUAGCCGAAGAGAUGGGGCAACCUCCUUCUGCGUACAAGGCAGGUCUUUGGGAACAUGACUUCCACCGAGGCCUCCUUUGGCGAAGGUUUUACAAUAGCGGUUUGCCACUCAUACGGCAUGCUGAAUACAUCGCACCAUCUUGGAGUUGGGCUUCAAACAGUGCCAGCCUUAUGCCAACCCGUCGAAUCUAUAGUGACCCAAGGCAUGAUAAUACGAAAUAUCAGCUAGAUGCUGAAAUCAAAGAAAUAAUCAUUGAUAACGAGAACGACAACCAUUUCGGGAUAAUAAAUAAACGUCACGUUAAGCUCUCAGGGCCAACUUUGAAAAUCUGCCGCCAUAAAAUCCCAUCAAUCUUUUGGGAUUGUCCUGAGCAUCCAGCCCAGGUCAGUGCGAAAGAAUUUAACCCCUAUUCUUAUUCUGCCGUUGAACACAUAUCGGAAGGUACGUUGAUUACGAACGAAUGUAAGGAUUACCACCCAAAGGUUCUGCUAGUCAGCAUUUCAAAUUUUCCGGAGAACCAUAAGCAUGCUUUGAUUCUCCAGGGUACUGGAAGCCUUGAUGUAUAUCAACGAGUUGGGUGCCUCGACAUUUACGCACCUAGGGGCAAUUUCCAGCAUCCAGAUUGGACAACAAGAGAAAUCACAAUCAUAUGA